AUGGACAUGGAGUUGCCAAGGCGAUUCUCCGGAGGCCGUAUGAGCCUUAAAGAUGAUCUUGAUAUAGAUUUCAAUGAUGCAAGUCGUGCCUCAACUCCAAUGAGUAUAUUAAGCUCCAAAUCAGAAGGUCGGCGGCGAGAGCGUUCGUCUCACCAUCAUACUACUGAUGAUUACAAGAGGAAAAUUGCUCGACUAAAAAGUGAACUGGAAAUGGAGAAAGCAAGAAAUAAACAGGUGUAUCGUGAUAAAAGUGAGGAAAUCAAGUUAAUACGCGAGUCAUAUGCUCAAGAUCGUAACCGUGAAUACCGAGAGCUGGAGAAGAAACUCAGUCUCGAGAAACAGAAGGAGGUUGAAAUCCUUCAGGAAAAUAUAAUCAAACGCAAGGAUGAGGAAUUACAGCAGGUUUUCAGAUAUAAAGAGGAUGAAGUGAAAAAUCUCAACGAAAAACUCAAGAAGGAAAAGGAAACAAAGAUGGUUACAGAGGAAAAGAAACGUGAAUACAAAGAAGAGUUAAGAAAAAUGAAGGAAGAAUUACAAGGAUUGAAAGAAGAAAAAGAGAAAAUUGAAAAGGAAUAUAGUAAAAAGUGUGAUGAUGAGAACAAGAAGGAGAAAGAGUUCUCAGAAUUAAAGGAAGGUUAUGAUGCUGAACUACGUAGGAUUAUAGGCGAAUCAAAAAAGCUUGCUAUGGGAAAUUUACAAAAGUUGAAAAAAGCUGAGAAAGCUUUAGUGAAUGAUGGUAGUGCCUUGAAUGAGGAUGAUGAUCUUUCACUUCUCGAUCGGAUGACACCGUUUUCUGAUUAUUCCAGUCGUGCACCGAGUACAAGUCUUGGGUUUCGUCUUGAGGAUUUAAAAUUAGAUGAUCUUCGAAUUGAGGAAGAAGAUAUUGAAAAUUUGUUAGCCUCAGCACAGCCAGCACCUUCAGCUUUCACCAAGGUGCGACGACAAACUCCUGUCAGUCUUCCGUCUAAGUCACCAAACCUAGUCAGUCCUCGUCCAUUCAGCGUUGCCAGCGAUGCGGGGGAUCUGGACAGCACACUUGAGGUAACCAAGCGAGUCCAAAUAAAGGCGAAUCCUCGUAAUACUAAAAAGAAUCGUCGUUUAUCUGAGGACAAGGACAAACAACUACAGAGGAAAGUUUCCGAACUCCAAACACAAACCCAGCGCCUCGAACGCAAAAUAGCCUUACUCAAGACAGAAAACGACCUUCUGAAAAAGAAACAAGAUGAUCAGCGCCCUCUGGAAGAAAAGAUUAAAGCUUUGAAGAAGAGGAAUGCAGAACUGGCAGCCAUCGCCCGAAGACUAGAAGAAAAAGCAAAACAUCUUCAGCAAGAAAACAUGAAGAAAAUUCGAGAUGAAACAGGUCAGCAUGAUUCUGAGUACCUGAAGAAGAUGUUUGCACGACAACGAGCCAAGGACCUUGCUGAGCAUGCCAAAGCUAUGUUGUCCAAGGAUCGCGAGAUCGAGGACUUACGCAAAAAGUGUCAGGAACUCGCAGAUGCUCUCAGUAACACUGAUUUCCUUGGACCAGAGAACUCACAGAUGUACGAAGAAAAAGAGGAGCUUGUCAGUAUUAUAAAGCAGGCCGCUAAAGAACGAUUACAGUUAGAGAAACAGCUGGCCAAGUCCAAACCUACACCGGGUACUCAGACUGAGGCAAAGAAACUAAAGGAGUUAGAGGUAACUAAUGAAGCUUUGGAAAAAGAGAUCGCCAGGCUUGAAAAGGCAAAAUCUGAAACAGAACGUCUGGAAAUAGAACUCGCACAGAAGAAAAUUGAAUGUGAAACAUUAACAGAAGAAAUACGUCUAGAAAGAGUCAAAUCAAGGUUUAUAUAUACAGUAGUACAAGAGACUGCCAGUCAGAACACCCAGCUUACAAUACAAGUGUCAGACUUACAACAGAGACUACAACAGCUAGAAAAGGUUAAUGAAGAAUGUAAUGUGUUACGCUUGAACCUCACAGAAGCACAACACGAAUGUGAUAUUGCUAGGAAUGAAAGAAAUACUCUCCAAACCAAAGUUCAUGACCUUGAAAGUGUUGUCAAGACAUUACAAGAAUCAGCUGACAAAUUAACAAAUUUAGAGAAUGACUACCAAACAACAAAACAGAAGCUUCACGAAAAACAGUCCGAAAUCCUCACACUUCAGAAGGACCAAGAUAUUAAAUCCAAAGAUCAUGAAGAGGUUGUGACGUCAUUACAGAAUAAGAUUGAAGAGCUCAAAGAAAGCUGUCAUAAACAAGAACAACAACAUUUAGAGCUUACACAGGAAUUGAAAACUCUUCAGGCGGCAACCAAUCAGCACCACCUGGUGGACAAUUGGGCACACAUAUCACAUCCAGGAGGAGAUAACUCAGGAAAAAAGCACAAUAACAACCCUCACAACUCUUCUGCAAUAAGAAGUCCAGUCCAUGAAAAUUUCCAUCCAACAAACAUCAAUUCUCAAGAAUCAUUACCAGGAAAGUUAGUAAAUGGAAGUGAUAAUACGCAGGUGGACUCUACAAAGUCACUUGAUACAGGUUUUGCGGACGACGAUACUGUUGAAUUAGAAAAUUCAAAUGAACCCUCCCCUGACCAGGCCCAACCCCCUCCAGGGCCCUACGAGGACCCUGAACUUUACGAAAUAGCUAAAAAACUUACAGAACUGGAAGCUGCUGACUCGGAGGAGGAAAAUUUACCGACAGAAGAGAAGGGAGACGACUCCGGUAUGGAAAGUAACCGAGAAAUGCGGGUAAAACCGGUGGAAAAUGGCCAUUCUGGUGAAGAUAGCCGCCGGUCAGGAUUGGGCAUGAAAGGCCCAUUACAGGUGUACAUUGCCAAAUACACCUAUGACCCCUUCCAACACUCACCCAAUGAAAACCCAGAUGCAGAGCUACCUAUCAAUACUGGUGACUACUUACUAGUAUAUGGAGAUAUGGAUGAGGAUGCCUUUUACGAUGGUGAACUGAUAGAUGGUCGAAGAGGAUUAGUACCAUCCAACUUCAUUGAGAAAGUGAAAGAUGAAGACCUUGCCGAUUUCCACGCUGCCGUGGCAGGCUUUGCCCACCACGAAGAUGACAGCAAUGCUCCCAGCAGUAUACUACAGGAUCUGGAUUUUGACAGCAGUGAGGAAACUGACGAAAAACCUCUUCCUGCCAAAACAGCUGUGCAAGACCAUAAAAACACUAUCACACCUCUGUCACAUACUCACAAUGACCUGGAUGAGAUUGAGUCUGAAAUCGCCAAUCGAAGUAUGCCCUCCGUCGCCAAAAUCCAGUCCCCUGAUGCUAAACCAGGAAUCCCGUGUCCUCAUAAGUUGACCCUCGACAGACAGUUGACCAGUAGUAUUUUGAUAAGCUGGCGUCCUCCUACAGAGGAGGUCCUGGUGAAAUCAUAUCACAUUUAUGUUGACGGAGAUUUCAAGGCCAGUGUCAAGAGUAAUGAACGGACGAAAGCAUUAGUGGAGAAUGUUGAUUCUCGAAAUGUCCAUCGAGUCAGUGUCCGGUGCCUAACCAACAUUGGUCAAUCUUGUGACCAACAGUGUACAAUACUAUUAGGCAAAGAUGCCGUGCCAAUACCUAGUCAGCUGAGUGUUAGUGACAUCACACCUAAUUCUGCUACAAUCUCAUGGUUGCCAGGCAACAGUAAUUAUCAGCAUACCCUUUCCAUAAAUGGCCGUGAGGCACGAGUGGUAAAACCCGGUGUCUUUACUUACAUCAUCACAGGACUGGUUUCUGAUACAGAUCACAAUGUAGUUGUAUCUGCCCAAAGUCUGACUGGUGAGAACAAAGGAGAUAACUUGUCUGCAAGCAUAGACUUCAGGACACCAGCUGGAGGACUUCCAGAACCUCCAAUCAAUAUCCAGGUUGAGGCUGGACCCCAGGAAGGAACUCUCCUGUUGACUUGGUUUCCAGUGACAAUAGACACUUCAGGAUCGUCAAAUGGUGCCAUGGUAACAGGAUAUGUUGUUUACGCAGAUGGACGUCGGACAAAGGAGGCCUUAGGUCCAACUAAUGACCAUAUCAUUCUUAGUGCUAAAGAUUUUCUAGGGUUUAUCCCUAAACAGCUGUUGGUUCGGACAGUCACUAGAGACGGUCAGGAGUCCGCUGAGUCGCAGUUGGUCAGGCUGCCCCAGACACUCAUCAAGGAAAUCACUGCAGGUGCUGCCAAGUCGAUUGCCACAGAGGCAUUGGUUAAAGUCACCGAUGGUCAGAGGUCACACGUGGAGAGAGCGUUGGAUACAGACCCAUCACUGAUGUACCGAGAACUGCCUCAGGAAGAGGCCUCUGCUGUGACUCUGACGUUAAAUGCUGCACAGACGGGUCGUCAUGUUGAUGACUAUAGUGAUACAAGCAGCAGUUCUGAACUCUCUGAUAUUCCGGAAGUGGAGGAAGAGGACACGGCCAGUCAUGCAUCAGUUCACAUUCAUCGAAGUCCCUCAUUGGAUGAUUGCUUAAGGUCACCUGCAAAGGCCAACGAUACUACAGAAUUGGUGCCAGCUCCCUCUGGUGGAUCACCAACGAACAAACAAGAGGAGACAACUGUACCUAUUGUGGUACAUGCCCCUCAGAGAAUAGUUCCAGCAAUAGAAAUAACAAGAGACAGUAGUAGUGAGAGAGGUAACUCAGUAUCCGAGGAUGAAGCUACGUCUCCAACAAAAUUCAACAGAAACAGUGUAAAAAGUGAUUCACCAACACGCUCCCUUCCAUCACGAAACUCUCCCUCUCAUAGCAACAAGGACAGACUUCCUGGAUACCAGGAAAAUUCUGAUGGCAGGGAUGACGUUCGGGAAAAAGGAAAAGUUAAACAGCAAGUGGAGUUGUUUAACAAACUCCAAAACAAUCAAACACAGGAGAGUUCUCAUGGACCUGUGUCAUUAACAGGUGUUAAAGUGGAAAAUGAUUUACAGGAUAAUUCGAUUAAAUUAAACCUUGAUAAUCGGACUAGUCCUCAAGAUGUUUUACAUAGUCCUGUGACACUUGUAAAUGGCAAAGCUUUUUCUGAUCAAGAUUCAAACGCUAAUGAGCUAUUAUCAAAUGACCUAUCGCCUUCAGGGCGUAGGCAUCCAGAAGUGCCGUCUCUGGAUUUAAAUGAAAUUAGUGUGGACGAGAGUGCAGAGGUAGAUUCUAUUAGUGGCGAGAUCAAUCCUCCGGUGGACGACACGCGCAUCAGGUUAUUUGUGGCUCUGUUUGAUUAUGAUCCUAUUAGUAUGUCUCCAAAUGUGGAUUGUAUUGAUGAGGAAUUACCAUUCAAAGAAGGACAGAUCAUUAAGAUCUAUGGCGACAAGGACCAGGAUGGGUUUUAUCGUGGAGAAUGUAACAAUCGAAUUGGCUUUGUGCCCUGUAACAUGGUUUCUGAAAUACAAGUUGAUGAUGCUGACCUGGCAGAACAGCUUCUUAAGGAGAGUCAAGAAGCCUUCAGCAUGCAUUCUCACCUCACAGUUGGGCCGGAAUCUCAGCACUACAACAAGUCUGUAGAAAGCCUGGAGACGCUAGAACAGAACGGUGUACCGAUACCCUUGUCACCCACAGUAGCUAGUAGACGCAUGGUUGCUCUCUAUGACUAUGACCCACAAGAACUCUCACCAAACGUCGACAGUGAGGUGGAGCUUCCUUUUCGCAUUGGAGACAUCUUGUAUAUUUACGGAGACAUGGAUGAUGAUGGAUUCUACAUGGCUGAACUGAAUGGACAUCGUGGACUUGUACCUUCCAACUUCCUUCAGGAUGCACCACUCCAGGAAGAAGACCCACAUGAGGCAACAAGCAUUGUCUCCCCUGCCAGGUCAGGCGAAAGUCUCAACCACAUUACGGGGUCGCACCAGUCUGACCUUGGACUAGACAAAACGUCAAACAUGGGACCGAGCCCGACAGUGGAAUCCGUACAACCAGAUUGGGUAGAGAGUGCCACCCACAAUCACACACCGACUCGCUCUAGGUCUGCUACACCCGAUGAAAUUCGCCAGAAAAAGAAGAGCACUGGAGGGAUUCUCUCAAAAGGCAAAAAUAUUUUUAAAAAGCUAACACGAUAG